AUGGGUAAGCUCAAGAAGAGAUCCAGAAGUGCCAAACUGGCUGCUCAACGCAAGCCCGGAGCUUCUAAGGACGACAAGGAGUUUCAGAAAAUUGCGCCGUUGCUAGAUAAGUUGAAAUCGGAUGCUGUGAACGACCGUUCGAUGGCUGUCGGGGCUAUUAAUACCUUAUGCGAUACUGACCCAGAGAUUCGCAAAUUGUUCUUGAAAAACGACCUUGUUCGCACGCUAUUGACCAAACUUGUGCAUGACUCCAGCGAUGAGGUGGUCGUGGAAUCGUUUGGUCUUUUGCGUAACCUGAUCAUUGAGGAAGGGUAUGAUUUGAGCGUUUUUCUAUGGAGAUCGGACAUUUGGACGGUUCUCGAGGACGCUUUCAAAAAAGCAAGCGUUUCCAUCGAGCAUGUCAAGGAUGACAAGGUUUCUGCAGAACAGCGCGGCCUGCUGUUCGACUACAUUGAGAAUAUAAUUGCUUGUCUGGGCUCUCUUUGCCUUGAGAUCUCCACAGAGAUGUUUCAUUCGGACGUUCUUCCGAAACUUGUCUCCAACGACAUACUAAAGUUCAUUAUUGUCCUUAUUGAGCGCAAUUAUACAACCAAACUGACGUUGUCAGCUCUGGAAUUCCUGUACGACCUGUCUACGAUCUCUGCCCCAUUUAUCGAAGCGUUUUCUCAGGAUGAGAAUAUCAAACAGAUUCUCUCAGGACUCAAUCUGUCAAACGAUUUGUCCAAGGUGUACCUUAUUGGCUUGCAUUUCCAAACUCUGGAGUUUUCAAAUGGGCUUGACGACAACCAGACCAUACAGAUUGCUGAUAGUUUGCUUGCCGUCGCCAAUAAGGUGGCAGAGGCGAACUCCCGGGAUGAAAGCAGUAUCAAGGUCUACGAACUCGUCCUUGACAUUUUUGCCACCAUUGCCGAAAUUAAGGGCCAGGAAGAGCCUGUUAGUACCAAGAUUUCGGGUAUGAUCGAGUCACACGUGGUUCCCUUCCUAAGAGUCGUUUUCGAGUUCUGCAGCGUCAAAGUGCUGCUGUGCUUGACAAAUAUCUUGUGCUUUUACAGGAAUGAGACACCGGAGAGUGUAAUUGAGCUGGUCAAUUUCGUGAGACCAGCCGUGUUGCAGCAGCUUUCACAGAAGCUCGAGGAGCCAGAUCUGGAGACCAUCAAUCUGUAUCUCGGAUAUUUGGAAGUUUCCUCUGAAAUCACGCCUGCAGACGAGCUUAGACCGCUUGCAGAGGUGCUGUUGAAUUUUGCAUUGCAACUGGGUGAAAUUACUCCCGUUUCGGCCCAGAUCACAGGCCAUCUCUUGCAUAUUUUGACUAAAAUUGGCAAGCAUUCCGACGAUUUGGAGCUAACUACUAGCAUCACUAAAUUUAUUGUGGACAAGAAUUUCGUGGAGCCUAUAACAUACUACAACUCGACCAGAUUGGGAGACCUGCGCAAAAAACACCAGUAUUUGAUCGAGACGGUUCUUGUGGAUUCGAUUAAUUCCAUAUUCGAUCUCUUCGAUGACGACUAUCCAUACAACAAGCCAAUUUACCACGAAGGUGGACUUCACCAACUUUUUAAAGAUAAUCUGCCUCAUUACAAAAAGAUAUACAAGGCUAUAGACAAAAACAGCGAACCUCAACUAAAGGCCCUAUCCGAAGAAGCAUUUCAGAAUUUGGAAAGAUUUAUUCAGUACAAAGAGGGCGAAGCUAAAUAG